AUGCUGAGCAUGAGAUAUGUUAAGCCGUUGCGUCGCAAUUUCAUCAAUCAGCGGAAGGCUUUAAGACUUUCUGGAGCCGCCACAGCACCUUGGGCUAUUGAGCCGCGUGACGUGGCGUUGGCUCGUACAGUUGUGAUAUACAAUGCGAUGAAAUGUGGUAACAUGAGCCUCCAGAAUCCUGACUAUGACAAGAUUCUCAAUUGCUUCCUCCGUGCCGACGCCGAUCUUAUAAGGGAAAAUGAGUGGGCACCUGUGCGUGAAUUCGCUGAUUUCCCAUGGGUACCUGUGGUAGACGGAGAUUUCUUGGUAGAGAGCGCUCACACGUCACUGAAACAAGCUCGAGGGCAACCCGACGCUAUGUAG